AUGGCGCCGGCGGACAGCCACGGGGAGUUUUUGGAAUUGGAGGACGCGCUGAGGUACAUGAAGAUGGUCAAGAACCGGCACCCGGCGACGUACAACGAGUUCCUAAACGUCAUGGCUCAUUACAAGAGGGGCAGGAUCGGCGUCGCAGAGGUGGCGUCGAGGGUGGCGGCACUGCUCAGGGACAGCCCCGACCUCAUCGUCGGCUUCAACGCCUUCUUGCCCAAGGGCCACCGGAUCCGUCUAUCCGACGAACAACUUGCCGCUCGUUUCAUGAGAGAAGUGAGCCUAGAUGACCACGAUGACGAUAAGAUCCACGAUGGAUGUAAUUAA